GGCCACACAACGUUACGCAUCGCCAUGUGGCCUCGACGGCGGUCGAAAAAGCGGCCACAUGCCACCGCCCAUCCGUUGCCUCCCAUGGCAGCAGCUUCAACUCACCACCACACGAUUUGCCCUACUUUCCAGAAUGAUUCAAACAACCAUAAUGUCCUUGACGCUACCACAUCGUCCACUGACAUCAUCCACAUCACAGCUACCCCCACGUCCCCACCGACCUCAGCACAGCAGCCAGCAUACCACACCCUUCUUUCGUAUUCCACACUUGUGCAAGACCACACUGUCGACUUGCGCGCAGGCAACUUUAUCGCACGAAGUAAAGCUAGGUGGGCUUCCCGCCUGCAGAGGCCACCAGACACCGUGGUGGCGCGACACCGCCUCGAGGAGUCUGCGGCCUUGACCAUCCAAUGUGCAGUUCGAACGUUUGUCGCCAAACGAAGGUUACACUCCGCUCGACAAGCCUGUCUCAUGCUGCAGGAAGACCGGGCGGCGAGCAUCUCCAUCUGGCGCACUUGCCUUCAGGCGGCAUGGUCUGCCAUCGUCACCACCCAACGCCCUGCAGCACCUGCUAUCCGAGCCUUGUUUCCAUUGGAGAACGACCAUCACUUUGCCCUUCCAUCGACCUCUUCCUACUACACGCUAGCCGCAACAUUGCUGCAAAAGCACCUUCAUUUCCGCGCUGCCAUUCGUCUGGCUCGUCAUGUGCGGCAGCCGUCGCCGCUUCGGCACUUGAUCACCGACGCCGUCGUCCGAACUUGUACGCUGAUGCACCACAUUCGAAAGCACAUCGGGUAUCACGCAGCGUUGGUGGUGCAGUGCAAAAUGCGCUGUCGGUGGGCCGUUCAACGACACGCCCACCUAUAUCAAGUUUGGCGACGGCAUCAGUCGGCACUCACGAUUCAAUGUGCCUUUCGCUGCCACCUCGCCCGCCGCGCACUGGUCGGCCGUCGAUUCGCCGCGGCUGCCACGACCAUACAAUGCGCCUACCGAAGCUACGUAGCACGAACUUUGGCGAUGCGGCUGCUCUAUCGACGAAGUGCGCAGCGGCUUGUCGUGUCCGUCUUGAGUGUCACUGUUCCAGUGGUCGCGAUCACCAUCUGCCACACCGCCGCUCGUCGUAUUCAACGAGUCCAGCGAGGUCGGGCGGCGCGCAGCCGAUUCCGGACGCUGGCGCUGCAAAACGAAACCACGCGGCUGAGUCAAAUGCCAACACGGGGCUAUUUGUUGUACGCCAGUGGGGCGUACUACGAGGCGUCUCUCUUGCUCGAGCAGAGUUUUUUGACUGGAUGGGCAGACGGCGACACCGACAACGACGAAAUGUUCUGGAUAAAAUUUGGUACCAGUCACUUUUACGCGUUUGAAGCAUCGGGGGACCGCAGUCAUUUGGAGAAGACGCUGGCCGCGUUUCGUCGGCUGCUGCCCAAAGCCAGUGACGUGGAGCGACCAGCGAUCGCGAACGAUGGGGGCAUCGUGCAGCCCAUCCAGCCCUCGACGUGGUUGGUCUUGGGGCUGGUGUACGCCACCGCGUUGUUUUACAACCAAUCGUUCGCCCCGUGCUUGGCGCUAUGCGACGCUGUACUCAAUGUCGCAUGCACGACCUCGGAACCACUGGACAAGGAAUGGGGGGCCACGGCGCACGUGUUGGCAUCAAACGUUUGCUUUCAAAACCACGCCAUGGACGACUGUGCACGUCAUCUCGCCGCCACGCUGGCCCUGGGACCGCUGAAAACGUACUCGGAGCUUGCGUUGCGCUACAUGCUGGCGACCGUGUAUUCCCUCUUGUCCAAAGAACGAGACUUUGUGCCCAUCCCUUCGUUGGCUGUAGAGAAAGUCAGCACAUUAGGGGAUCCUCAACAGCCAGCGAAUGCAAAGGUGGCCAUACAAGAUGAAAACAACCUUGAAAAUACGUCCGCUGUCGAUCCAGACGAAACUCAGUCAGUCACGAAGGUGCUGGUGGAAUCGAAUUCGAUCGAAGGGAUCGUCGCGGUAGCAGCCGCCGCCACAGAACCAUCUCCGCCACCAGAAACUGAAGCGGAGCGAUACGCAAGACUGUCUGCUGUGGAAUACGCAACUUGUUUUUCGAUUGUCGAGCUUUGGCCGGAUAUGGGAUUUUACCAUGGGGUCAUGGCUGCAUCCGUGGCCGAAUCUCUCUUGCAGCAAACUCCACCUGGGACAUUCUUGGUGCAUCGCAUCAAAGCAUCGUCGUCGCAUGUGUACGUCAAAGUGAAGUGGGACGACGGCGCCAUCACGACCAUGAAAGUCACGAGAGGUGGUAAUGGCGACAGCACUGACAACUUCUACCGCAACCCCAACAGUCCGGAUGCGGCUGACCGGACGUUGCUGGGGUUCUUAAGCAAGUUGCCGCGCGCCGCUGGCAUUUCCCUUCGCCAGGGACUGCGACGGAGGUCGUCAUCUUCUCGUUCGGAGUCCAAGUAUGGGGUCGAGUGGUCACAGUGGGAGGAAUGGCACCUCUCGGACCACGCCUGGCUCCACGCCGCGCACUUGUGGGACCAGCAUUCCGGCUACGUGUUUUCGGGCUUUCUCGCGUCGACUUGUCCAGCAUACCUACAAUUUCAGACGACAAGAGCCGCUCACGCUGCUGCUGCCAAAACCAAACAUGCCUCUUCUUCUAAACGCGGGUGGUCGGGCGCGGGGGGGUGGCACACGUCUAAGCGACACUCCACUGGAACUACCGAUGGAACCCCGGGGGAGAUUCGCGCACCAGCAGGGGAAGCGUGUCUCAUCCUAGCCAAAGCAGCUCGCGGGAUUGGAAAACUCACGGACAGUCUCAUAUUGAUCCAACAUGCCGUCACCAUCAACCCAUCCUACGAAUGCAUUCGCCGGUCGUGGUCGGCCAAGGCAAGCACCCUCGCCGCGGCGAUGCGGCGGGUUCAGAAACUCGAUCGCCUGUGGAGUCGCGCCCUAGCGUUCGACACGUACACGGCCCGCACCCGCGGCCGCCCCCAAGAUGAAGUGCUUUUGUUAGAGUGCAUUUACCGCCAGCAUUUUCACGCGUUGGCGACUGUCGACAUCCAUCGACGGCUCGUCCGGGCACAUGUUCGAGCGUAUUGCAUCAAUGGGUUCGAUUUCGUGCAUUUGAACUUGGCCGUGCGGUCCAUGGAUGCGCUUGCAGCGACCUUUGAGCGCCAGCACAAGUCGACGUUCGCCGUCUUCCCUGUUCCCAUCGUUCGGAAAUACGGCCCGUCCGUGCCCAUGCCCCCUCCUUCUGCCUUUCGAAAGGAGCCGUCCGCCUUGUUGUCAAACGUAGUAGCCCCCUCGUCUUCUAAAGGAACCAAAGGAAAGAAACCAAAGAAAAAAGGGGUGACAGCAACCGCAACUGCACGGGACUCGACAACUAGCACCGACUCGCAACCCAAGCAGAAAGUGCUGCAGAAACGGCAGACGCUGCUGCCACCCACGCUUCAGUCAACCUGGCCCGUGGAGAUGUUAGCCGAAAUGGCUGAAGUCACGUAUCGAUCGCUCCAGCUCCCUCGCGCCGUCGACUCUCUCCAAGUACUCGCUAGACGAAUUGUCACCACGCCAGCGUACAGCCACCUAUAUCGGCUCACGCUUCUCCGCUUAGCGUUCUUGUUUGCCCGUCACUUGCAGUUUGAUCUGGCUAUCCGUACCAUGACCACCCUUCACGACACUGUGACCGCACGUGGCGCCGCCGCCGUCGUCGCGGCGGUCCCCAAGUGGCCGGUGCCGAUGCCGUUUGAAUUCUCCGCGACAGACGUCCGAUUCAUGCGCGGGGCGGUACACGACAUGGCUGCGGCGACGGCAACAGACAGCGCUGCGUCCCAACAACAAAGUCAAGCAAACGCAUGGACAGAUUUUGCCCCGCUGCACGCCGAACUCGUCCGGCAAGUGCAAACGCUGCUCCGAGACGAACAAGCCGCCACGGACACUGUCGAGUUCCGCGCCACACAUGUGAGUGGCGUGGUGGUCACCGUCGGAACUUGUCAGGGCCUCCACAUCCCCAACAUCCUCACGUCCAACGUCCGCGUGGUGGUGACGAUGGACCAUCACCGCCCCAAAUCCAACCAACUGCACACUGCAUCCACCGCAGAUCCUCCGUCGUGGGAAACCAUGCAGCCCAACUGGAACCACCAAAUCGUGACCAUUCCUGCCUCGACCAAGCACUCGAUGGUCACGGUGCAAGUUGUCAACAAGGUGCACCUUCGAGACAUACCCCUCGGAUACAUGACCUUGCCGUUGUCGACGUUGUUUGCCUCGAGUCGAGUCGACAUCAAGCCGUGGCGGCUGCUCGCUCCUGACACUUCCUCCGCCCACAGCAACUUCACGCUUCACAGUUCAAGUCGCGCCGCGCCGACCCUCGAGGUGGGGUUCCAGCUCACGACAGUUCGACCGCAAUUCACAAACGACGUCAAGGAGAAACGGCACAUUGCAUUUGCCCUCGGCGACUUUCUCAACCAACCGUUCGUGUGGCACUCGUUCGGGGCCCGACUUAUGCGCUUGUCAGACCACUUCCUGGCACGGCACUUCAUUGUCCAGGCGCUGCGCCGCCUGCCUCCGCCCCACGACCUCCGCGCCAUCCACAUGAUGCUCGACGUCGCUCGAUGCGACUUGGCAUGUCGAGGCAACGCUGCAAACGCCACAAAACAACAAUCGUCCAGUGUAGCUUCGGCCAUCGAGUGGCUACAAAAGGCUCACGUGGCGGCGUUGAUGUUGGAACCGCGCCAUCCGCAUGUCGAAAAUGCCAUUUUGGACGUGAUGCAGCAAGCCAUGAUGCACGACUCGCCUUUUGAACGGAAACUGACCGCGAGUUUGACCCAGCCCUUGGCGGCAGACUACGUCGCGGUCGUGUCGGAACAUGGACAGUACUUUGUGAACAAGGACACGGGCGACUGCGUGCUGGACGAACCCUUGGGCUACGAAGUGCAAGCUCAAAAACCGCCUCUUCGGAGAAUGGUCGUGUUCAAUGACUCGAUGAAGCAACGCGUGCUGCGGUUGCGCCGGGACAUGAAGGACGCCGCGGCUGCCGACCCCGACCAAUGGGUAGCCAUGUUCGACGACUUUCACGGCCGAAUGUUCUUUGUAAGUCAAGUGCACUCGAUGCAAAGCUACACGACGCCUCCAAAGUAUAUCAUGCAGGGCGACGAAAUGACCGUAUACAGCGUCCUGGUCAUUCAAGAUGUAUUCCGAGCUCGGCGCCGUAAAGCCGCCCUCCGACGCCGCUUUCGGCGGGCUGUGUGGGCGGUGGGUGUGGGGCUGUACAUGCUUGAGAAAUGGAAGGCCCGAGUGAUAGCUCGAGCAAUCCGGGCCGCCAAAGUUCCCUUGACGUGUAUACGGGUCACCGUUCACCGGGCCGAUGGGUUGCGCACGGCAGAUCGCGUGUCGAGUGACCCGUUUGUGCAGCUGUCGCUUCCCGGAUGCAAGUUGCGGCGCACUGCGAUUCGGAAAGCCACGUUGACUCCGGAAUGGGACGAAGUGUUUCACAUGAGGUAUGCUUGGGUGGACCACGAACUAGCGAUGCAGCGGCACCAGGCGGUCGUCGCCUCUGGCCAUCACCGACACAACGACGACGACGACGACGACGAUGUGGGACAUGGUGUCCUGGAAAAGGUGAACAUGCGACGAGUGACGAGUCUAUUGGAGCACAACCUCGCGCUCAACGACGACAAAACCAAUGUAGACGACUACAAUAGCAGCGAACACGACGACACCAUUGGUGACGACACUGGUGACGAAGAUGACGACGGUCCAAUGUUGACCCUAACCGUGCUCGAUUACGAUACCCCAACCCGGGGAAGCGUGGAGUCGUCCAGCGAUUUUUUAGGACAGGCCAGUGUGCCCCUGGACGCUCUAGAUCACGGCAAUGCUAUCUCUGCCACCCUGACGUUGCGAGACGAAGACGGGUACUUGUCGCCCCGGUCCAGGGGGACGUUGGAGGUUACAGUGCAGUGGAUCUCGUAUUCGUUCCCCCUGCGAUUGAAGGUUGCGAUGGUGGCAGUACAUGCCAUUUCGCGGAUGGAUGGACUCAAGCGGCGGCUGUACCUCGAGCGAUUGAAGUCCCAAGUGGCCCCGCGGAAGCCCAAGCCGACCAUGUCGGACGACCACCGCAUGGUCCUGGAGCUGAUCACGGCGACUUGGCACGACGCGCUGGUCAAGUUGGCGGACACGAUUGUCAUGGCCGACCAGUUGCAGCGCUUGGUGCUGCGCUUGCAAGAAGCCCGCAAGUCGCACACGAACGCCGAGGAGGAAGAACACAUUGAACGGCGGUUACACGCCGUGAUUCGCGACCAGUUUGGCGGCAAAAGGCAAGCGGUGGAGUCGGCGAUGGGGAUCGUGGCCAAGGGUCUGCGGAGCUUUGCGAAAUCAACCUAUGAAGAAGUCGCGGAGUACGUUGGGAGUGGCACCGACGCCGUCCUCAAGGAAAAAGUGGUGUUGUGGUAUGCCAGUAUCGGGUAUGUGGCGGGCCAGUCGACCCCUCGACCGGACACGGUGCCCCCCCCUGCGAUAGAUACAUACGACUGCAUCAUGCAGUUUGUCUUGACUCAGAAAGAGAAGUUUGUGACGUGGGAAACGUGUCUGCGUGGGGUCGUCGAAGAGGGCUUUGUCGACGGCAAGUGGACAUUUGACAUGACCAAGGAGUUGGCGAUUUGCAGAAAGAUUGAAGCGACGCUGCGUGAAACUCCGAUCGAGGAACCGCAACUAACACGGGAAGAGGAAGAACGCAUCAAGCAACGGCAGCAAGUCCGAGCCAAGAAGCUCGACAAGCAGAAGAAACGGACUAAAAAGUAGAAAGGCGGUGAGCCUACACUUUAUUGGUCACUGUAAAUGCUCCCAGACUUCACUACCAUCUCCUAAAACCAUCCAAAGUUUAACCUAAACUGAAGUUGCACUCGACGUAAAAGUAAGCUUCCCCACCGUUCUGUCAUUGGCUGAUCUAAAACUUGC